CCUGUCCUGAACCCUAAACCCUGCGCUGCGGGCCGGCUCUUCACCUCCGGUCCCCGUAAACCGCCGCAACAACUGCAACUCCACCUAGCUCCCUCCUCUCCGGCGUCGGGCGUCCUCGCCUCCGUCGUUGGCCCCGCCGCCACCCAUCUGGACCGGCACGGAGCGGAGAUCUACUCCCUUCAAAUUCGAUUUGCUGUUUCUCGGGUUGGCUCUCCAGUUUGUCGCGGAUUUGUGCUCUUUUGGUGGCGGCGCAUCAAUCCGGGUUCCGAUUUUGUGGUUGAAGCUUUCUUUCCCCCAUGGCGCUUCGGUUCGAGAUACUAGGAAGAUUCAAUCGUGCCCGGGCCGCUCGUUUAACUCUUCCUCACUUUACUUGCCAAACACCACUUUUUAUGCCUGUUGGAACUCAAGGUACAAUAAAGGGCUUGACUACUGACCAACUAGAGGAUAUAGGUUGCCAGAUUAUACUUGGAAACACCUACCAUCUUGAACUCCGUCCAGGUUCUCGACUAAUUGAUGAAUUGGGUGGCCUUCACAAAUUUAUGAAUUGGAAAAGGGCAUUGCUGACUGACUCAGGCGGUUUCCAAAUGGUUUCAUUGCUGCAUUUGGCUGAUAUUACUGAGGAAGGAGUUACAUUUCAGUCACCUGUUGAUGGGAAGCCCAUGCUCUUGACACCUGAGGAAUCUAUCCAUAUUCAGAACAAUAUUGGAGCUGAUAUAAUCAUGGCUCUUGAUGAUGUUGUGAAGACCACAAUUACUGGCCCAAGGAUAGAAGAAGCUAUGUACCGCACCCUUCGCUGGAUUGACAGGUGCAUAGCUGCUCACAAGAAACCUGAUGUCCAGAACUUAUUUGGGAUUGUGCAAGGAGGAUUGGAUCCAGUUCUUAGAGAUAUCUGCGUAAGGGGCUUGGUUGAGCGGAAUCUUCCUGGAUUUGCAAUUGGUGGUCUUGCUGGUGGUGAAGAUAAGGACUCAUUUUGGCGUGUCGUUGCCCAGUGCACUGCUGGAUUGCCUGAAAAUAAACCACGAUAUGUUAUGGGUGUUGGCUAUCCACUUGAUAUUGUAGUAUGCAGUGCUUUGGGUGCAGACAUGUAUGACUGUGUUUAUCCAACACGGACAGCUCGCUUUGGGACUGCACUUGUUCCUGAGGGUCUCCUGAAGUUGAAACAAAAUGCAAUGGCAACUGAUGAACGACCAAUUGAUCCUACCUGUUCAUGCAUGGUCUGCAAAAAGUAUACACGUGCUUACUUGCAUUGCCUUGUCACAAAAGAUGCUAUGGGCUCUCAACUCCUGUCAUAUCACAACUUAUCAUUUAUGAUGCGGUUGAGUAGAGAUCUCCACACGUCAAUUCUUGAAGGACGAUUUCCAGAAUUCGUGCGGGGAUUCUUGAGGGCGCAGUUCCCAAAGGGAGAUGUUCCGCAGUGGGUCCGUAACGCGAUGGAGGUCGCCGGCAUCGACAUAUCUGAGUGCUGUGCUUCCGCCAAAUGCCACACGCCAAGCAUCCAAGAGCCGCCUAUACCUGUUCCAGUUGAAGUAAACGGAGUCGUGCAGCAGAACUAAGGCGCUGGCGCUUCAGUCCAAAGAUAGAACACGACAGGCUUUCGUCACGAAGAAGGUUUGCUGUCGCCAUACAUGUAGGGUCGUCUCAGUCUCACCGGUUUCGUCACGGAGGGAGUAGAAUAGAAUUUUCCAACAGUGGCAGUGUUUUGAGGGUGUCGUGUGCGUGCACGUGUUUUAGAAACAGAAGGGGCAUGGUACGCCAUGCGUUCAUGGUUCUGGGGCCUAGCUAGGUUAUACGUCGUCGAGAUGAGAUGACUGGAUGGAGAAUUACCCUGUCAUCGUGUCCUUUGCACGCAGUCAUUGUUAAAAGGAAUUUUAAUGUUGCCGUCAGAGCAAAGAAAGGUGUAAAAGCAUCAGUCACCUACGCUUAAACGUUGUUGUUGUGACCUAAAGGAAUGUUGGUCCUUGCAACAUUUUGUCAGCUGUCA